ACAAAGUUUUCAAUGAAACUGUGUUUUCAACUCAUUAAAAAUAAAAGAAAAUACUUGAACUACGCAUCCACAAUCAUCGACAAAACCAGUUUAUCCGGAAGACACGUUAUAUAAUGUACAACCUUGCACCAGUUUCCCAUUUUGACACAAUGUUCCGCUUCUGUACAACGCAAUCUCUGGUCUUCGUCUUCGCGUGCAUCGCCUUAAGCGAGCCCAAAAUCCCCCCAAACUUCAAGCGCUGCUACCGAAAAGACCCCGAUUUUAGGAAAUGCAUGUUCGCCGCCGUCCAGCUCGCCGCCCCCCAGCUGACCAAACCCUACAGAGCCAUCGCCGUACCCAACCUGGAGCCCGUGGAGGUGUCCUCCUUGCAGGUGAAGGGCGGGGGCGGCGUGGUGGCGGUGAACCAAAAUUUCAAAAACUGCAAGCUGUAUGGACUGACGAAAUCCGAGAUCUACCAGGCUGAUUUCAACCUAGAAAACAAGACCUGGGUUUUUGACUUCCUUAUUCCCGAAUUGGACUGCCGCUGUGACUACCAGCUGGACGGGAAAGUGCUUCUGUUGCCCAUUAAGGGCGAAGGCAACUGCACUAUUGUGUUUGACAAGAUGCAUGUCAAACUUAAAAUUGACUUCGAAGAAGUCGUCAAGGACAGUCGGACCCAUUUUAAAGUAAGUCAUAGUCAGAUAGAGAACGAUGUGGGGCUGGUGACCAUGCAUUUCGACAAUCUUUUUAACGGAGACAAGGCUCUGGGUGAUAAUAUUAACAAAGUUCUUAACGAAAACUGGAAGGAGGUUUAUGCUGAAGUGCAAGCAGAUUAUCAGGAUCUUCUAACGGGGGUAAUGAUGCAGCUUUUGAACAGGUUUUUCGACAAGGUGUCGCUGGAAGAGCUGUUCGACGAAAACUAGCAAGCUGUUCUAGGUAGUAGUGGG